GUAAAGCUUGAAUUUUGUGUAUUCAUGGGCGACAGACUAUGGAGGCAGAAGGGGAGUCAAUGUAAAAUUUAUUAUUGCGUUUCUCGUCAAUACCCUGGCCUCAGAAACAAAUUUUCACCCAUAAAAUUUACGAAUGGUCAGACAAGGCCUUUCUUAUCGGCCUUAGCCUGCGUAAUUUCUCCUUGUUUGUAGAUGGAGUGUCCACACUUGGAAGAAAGCGCAAGAAUAACCACAGCGCCCUCUGUGAAAUGUGAAAAUAAUCCAUCAGAAUUUUCUUGUUCGGUUUGUCAGACAGGGAAGAGUCCCUGGAUCUGUCUUGCUUGUGGUGAAGUCAACUGUGGCAGAUAUGUGAAUGCUCAUGCCAAGCAGCACUUUGAAGAUGCCAACCCUGCUGUUCCCAAUCAUGCAGUCUGCAUGGACUGUCACAAUCAUAUGGCAUUCUGUUAUGUCUGUGAUGAGUUCGUGAUCAAUGACACAGAAUCUGGACAUCUAGAGAAACUCAGGAAACACUUAGAAUCUCUUUCUAGAUUAGCCUCUCAGUCUCAAAGUGCUCAAAAUUUCCGAAAAGAAAUACGGAGGAGGGAUUCAACAGGGUCAAUAGAAAAUGUCAGGAAAAAAGCGAAAAAGGAUGACAAGUCGUCCCGACCAAGAUCCUCAGGUUUGCGGAACCUAGGAAACACAUGCUUUAUGAAUGCUGUUUUACAGUCACUUAGUAAUAUACAACAGUUCUGUGGGUAUAUAAAGCAGUUACCUUCUCUAGAAGACCAAGUGUGUAAGAGAAAAUACAACCACGCGAAGAAAACCCGGGAGACAGGAGAAAACAUCCUUCUGAUUGAGGAACUGCGAAAAACAUUAUGUGCUCUCUGGCAGGGCACCAAGGCUGCCAUUUCUCCAGAAUCACUCUUCACAGUCAUCUGGAAGGUGGUGCCACGCUUCAGAGGCUACCAACAGCAGGAUGCCCAUGAGUUCAUGCGGUACUUACUGGACCGACUUCACACGGAGCUGCUGCAACUCCUUCCCUACCCAAACAACAACAGCCCCUACAUUGGACCCAAGGGCAAGAGCACCAUUGUCACAGCCAUCUUUGGAGGGUUGCUGCAGAAUGAGGUCAACUGUCUUAUAUGUGGGAUGGAAUCCAAAAAACAUGACCCUUUCCUAGACCUUUCCUUAGAUAUCCCAUCCCAGUUCUGUACAAAAACAACAAAACCUAAAGAAGGAGAACCCAUGUGUACAUUGUCAGACUGUCUGUCCAGCUUCACCGAUGUGGAGGAACUAGAGGAGUCGGAGCUGUACAUGUGCAGCAACUGUAAAAUGAAACAGAGGUCCACUAAGAAAUUCUGGAUCCGCAGGUUGCCAAAUGUAUUAUGUCUACAUCUGAAGAGAUUUCGAUGGAGUACAUACUGUCGAGUGAAGUUGGAGACCUAUGUUGACUUCCCUCUCCGAGGACUUGACAUGAACAGAUAUGUGUUGAACACACUGCUUAAACCGUCUUCUGAUAAUGCCAAAGAUGUUUCUGCUUGGAAUGACCCUGGUAUUGAAGAAUCGCCAACCACAAGUAACGUUAGCGAUACACAGAUUGUUUCGCAUGGCGCACCUGACAGUGAAAGACUGAGAAAGCAUGAAACACGAGGUAGUUGUGCUGGAAGCAACAUGUAUGACUUAGCAGCAGUCAUUGUACACCACGGGUCUGGGGCUGGGUCAGGCCACUACACAGCUUAUGCUAUCCAUGAUGGACAGUGGUAUCACUUCAAUGACAGCACAGUGACAGCAUGUGAUGAGGAAACUGUAGCUCGCUGUAAAGCCUACAUCCUGUUCUAUGUCCGACGAGAAAUCAAGCUGCCAGACUAUCUGCUGAAUGGCAGUGCCAAUAACUAGUUCCCAUGACAACGGGUGUGUGGCCUAUGUUGGAAGGAUGUGUUUCUGCACAGUGGAAUGCUGGAAUUACCUGAUCAAGGAAAUAUGACACCAAAACUCUUAUCUGACUUUUCACUCUCUGCUAAUGUUCACAUGAGUAUCAUGUUUUCUUGAGUAUAGUGCACAUAUUUUGCCCCGAAAAUACAGCCUUGUAGGGGGGAUGCGCAUAAUUUCAACAAAAAUUAUGUUUUAUAAUAAUAUUGGGUCUUUUUAACUGAAUCCCUGUACAUCUGGGAGAAAAUCUUUAUAGAGCUGAUCACUAUUUCUGGCUUAUUUUACCAAGAAAAUUACACACAGUUAUUUUGAUCUCUUGUUAUAAAACAAUGCUUAGCAAUGCAGAAAAAAUACAAUUAAAAUUGUAAAUCGUCAUGUCAAGUGAACAAGUUUGUUGUCCCCUCUUCAUUCACCUGAAGCGAUACAAUGUACUUUGACUGUGCACAGAUUAUGAAAGGGCAAUUUUUUCUGAAACUGGUACCCCAAAAUGGGGGUUGCGCUUUAUGCCCAAGUGUGCACUAUACACAAAAAAAUAUCGUAUUGUUUAAUUCAGACCUCAAUUGUCACCAAACUGGUGAAAAUAUUGGGGGGAGGUGUUAUGUCAUCUCAAAAUGAUAGUUACUGUGAAGUUCCGUUCUAUUUGGAUAUAAGCAUGUAAGUCUUUCUGUGCCCUCAAGCCUAUAUAUAUUCCACUACAAUACUGUGAUACAAAACACCUCCCCAACCCCCUCAACACUGACCACCUUAUAUGGUCCAACAGGUCAGAUUUACACUAGAUAUCCAAUUGCCAUUGAAAUGUGCUAUCUUUGAGAAUUAUGUGUUCUGUGUAAAGUGGUGUUUGUGUCAUCUUGUCUUCAACCCUGGCACAGUAGGGAAAGAACGGUGACUUCAUGUGUGAUCUAUGCUGUGGUAUUGCUGUGAUGAUCACACUGGCUUAUUGAUGCCAUGCUGGUUUCCAUGACAACACAUGUAAUCUCUUCAUUCCUUGCUUUGCUGGCCAUCGCAUUCAGUUACUGAAACAUCUCUGCAAGAGACUGGCAGGUACUAUCAAAGACCAUCUUCGUGCAAAUGCCUGUUCCAUAUAUUCUCUAUGUGGUCACAAGGAAUUGAUAAUGUAUAUUGGAUAUGCUUAUCUGUCAUGGUGAAGCAAUGCCUAUAUCUAAAGUUCAGAUCACCACCCUGUUACGCAGGUCAGACAUCAGAUCUGUACCGGACCAAGUCUAUUGCAUUUGUAUUGGAAUAGUGAGUGGUUAUCUUGCAGCUUCAGCUAGAGACCUCCCUACAGUUAAAUGGCCAGCACUCCAUUCCACAAAGCGAUGUUAGCAAUAUAACUAUUGUAAAUCUAUGUUAAAGGGUGGUAGUUAUGAUUACCAAAGGGCGAAGAUCGCUAUGUGGAAUGGGGCUGUGCAUGGUCUUCAUUCCAUGAAGCUAUCUUUAUUUCACUACUAUCAUAAACAUGGUAAGGUAAAGCGAUUUUGAAAGUUGUUGCUGGAUUGAUACAGGCAGUUUUGGAAAGAAGAUAAGGUCUUUGUGAUGGUGAUCCGAUCAAUGAAUUUACCAUAAGUAAUUACUUUGUGUUGUGUCCUUCAAGGCUGUUUACUUAAGAGAUGUCUGUUAUGUAAUUCAGUUGCGGUUGGUAGUGCAGUCUGUUAGUGCUAUGUUGUUUCAUGGGCAUGUUCUGGUAAAGUUGUAAAUUUGUUUCAAGUCCAAUCUCUAAGUUAAUUUGAUAAGCACAAGCUUUUGCACAGAGUUGAACUCUUGUUAAAGCAUUGUUGUUGAAAGGUUGAAGUUCGAAUGAUAUCAUUAAGCCUGUGAAGCUAGGCUUUAUUUCAGUAACUAUGGCACUGUAGCCAUUCAGCAGCUAUAGUUGUAAGCACAUCAUCAAAUGGCAUUUAUUUCCUCUUUCAUUUAGUUAUCAGUUUAUCUUUAACGUUUGCUAUUUGUUCUUUUCAGACAAUAGUGUUGGUUUUUACUGGUAGUUCAUAUAUGCUAUUUAUGAUGUUAGUUUUUAACAUUGCAACAAACUGUGUCCAACUAUAUUGACUACCUCUUUUUAGUGCUUAGAAACAAAGAUCUUUAUUUUGUUUAAGAUAUAUUGACUGAUGGGGGGCUGAAAUUGAUACAGAAGCAAGAUUGUCGGGUGUGAUAGUUCAAUAUUAGACUGACCGACAGUUGCUGUACACAACUUAACUCUUAAUGAUAGUUCAAACAUUGCAUUGUCAGUUUCUUAUUAAUAAUUAAAAACUAAUAUAUUAUGUUACGUAUAAUUCUCGAGUUAAUGUUCUACUGUUACAUAUUUUUGUCUUCUUCUUUUGUUUAUUUUUAGUGGAACUUGUUUUUGGCUACAAUGCAAGUGAUUUAAACCAAAAGACAAAACCCAAUCAUUUACUGUUGCCUUUCUGAUAAUAAAAUUGCAUUAAUAAUUCCUGGCAGAGAAAUGUGAAAACUGUUGAGGUAUUCUGUCAGUUGGUAGUAAUGUGACAUAUCAGGUGUCCCCAGACCCCCCCGAGUUUCAGGGUUACAUGAGCAGGCACUGCCCAUAGUGCAGACAUGGGCUUGAUGGAUGUUGUAUAUACGAAGUAGCUCCCAGUGAGAGAACGAGUCAAGGCUGUAUUGGAGAAGUGUGAUUGCUUUAUGUGUAUAUGUCUGUGUCUGAAUGGAAGGCGGCAACACCUCAAUCAUCAACAUACUUGAAGCUAUACAAUAGCUCACAGAUACUCUUCAUGACUAUCAAACAUUCUGGUUGCUUUUAAAACGUUUGGGGUGGCCAGUCAUGUGCAGCUAGUUGCAUAACUGUCUCAUUUGGACAGGCGGUUUUAACUGUGGAGAUAGUAUACAUCUAUACAUCUGUUGGAAGCACAUCUCUGUCCACUCUGUAGCUAUGAGUAGCAACCAGGGGUUUUCAGUAAUGGGGAGCUUUUCAGGCUAUUGUAUCCACUGGUACAUUAACACUGUGUCCCUAUUCCCCAUAUAGAUCUAUGUAUGUGACCUGUAUUGUGUUAUAACACCUGCCUGAGGGAAUGGGUUAUAUACUGUAUUUUAUGCAGUAAGCGCUCGGAAGCUUUAAUGUGAGGAACAAUCAUUCCUUGUUGCAGGUUUCCAUUCAGUAUUUUUAAGUAUUUGGUGAAUGUAGAACCUGCAACAUCACGGUCUAGUUCUGAAAAAAUGUUGCCUUACAGUACUCACUUGUAUGAAGUUCUAUGUGGACAAGCCUAAAUUGUUUGACUGCUUUCAGUGAAAGACUGCUUUUGAGCGCUUAUUAUUGAAAAUACAUCAUCAGGGACAUUUGUAAACAACAACUUUAAAGUAUUAUUGUCUACUAUGAAAUAAGUAAUAUUUUGUCUUAUGUUUUUCAAAGGAGUAGCGACAGAGCUAAUAUUUGCUGCAUACAUGUUCGAAUAUAUGGCGUGUGAUAGGAUGUGUCAUAUUCACCAGUGUAUCAUAUAAUCCCACCAUCAUCAACUGAGACCGUGGUCAUCAGACAAUGUUUACAUUUGUCAGGAUAGCUAGUCACGCAGCUGACAAGUGUACAUUUCAUUGACACCAUAGCGAUUCCACAACUCGUCAUGUACCUUAAGAUCAACAGUAUGAAGAGUUUAUCUAGCCAAUCCUGAAAUCCUCAUACUAGAAAACAGGGAAAUGUUUUGAAAUCAACAUUUAGCAGUUUGGUUAUGCUAUGCAAAAUUCCUGCUUUUUAUGGGAAUCAUUGAUAAAAGAAUAGUUCUAGUUUGAGUGCAAUGGUUUAUUUUUGUGAAUUUAUUUGGAAUCAAUUCAACUACCAGAUUAUUUUGAAGCAAGGAUUGUUAUGUUGAUGAGGCGUGGCAGUGGCUAUACGAGGGAUGUUGAUGUGGGUGCUUGUAUCAUCAGUAGCUUGACUGAGUGUAUGUUGUGGGGGAGGGAGGGGUGGCUAGCUGCCACCUCUUCCUACACGUGUCUGUCUGUAUAUAGCCUUCUCCCUGCUGUAUUUGACCAGGUUUUGUGUGGAUUGGUUGGCAACCUCAUCGAUUGGGGUAGCUUCACCAUCUGUCUGUAUGCCCGGGCUGGGCUCGGUACUGGAGUGCAUGUUGAUCAUAUGAAUAAAGGUGAUGAAUCAACUUGU